UUUUCGUUUUUGCCGCGGCGGCUCGUGAACCGCCGAACAGCUGAUUGUUGUUAUCAGGAGCGUGUUUGCAUAUCAAAUCAACACGCAUCAACCGUUUAUAUUCGUUGCUCGUUGAUUCACCGAACAGAUUUCUCCUGAUACUUUGGAACACAAAAUGCAGAAUAAAAACGACGACAGCGAUACCGACCACCACAAACAGGAUGCUGUUUCCAUUUUUAGCGGCUCGAGCGAAUCCGAUCGGAAGGGGAAAAGCUAUGACUUUGGUUUCUCGCUGCCAUCUCCCCAGCAACCCCAGCCAAUGGACGUGGACACGUCCGGUGGUCCGAUCCUAAUGUCACCGUUGAUUGCAACACCUCGUCCCAGCGAUAAGAAACGGAAGCUCAACAGCGGCCGAAGCGCCAAGCUCAAAAUAAGAAAGCUGGCCAAAUGUGAGGAAGAAUUCGAUGGCGUGAGUAGUCGUUCUGGUCAAAUUGGUAUGAUUCUGCGGAAAGUGUUCGGAUUGAGGAUGGUGAUUUGUUACUCGUUAGUAGUUUUGGUGGCCGUUUCGGUAGCAAUGAUUAGACAGAAAGAUCUCCGGGAGGAGUUCUUCAAACGCUACAUGAAGCAGUACAAUUCCCUACUGUAUGGGGUUGAGGAUUACUGCAGUCAGGAGUUUGAUUUUACGGCGACCGCUGCCGCCCUUUCAGCUGGUAUGGUGGGCCAAUUGGAAGCAACUGGAAAACUGGUUGAAAUGGUCAAUCGACGACGGAAUGAACGCUGCGUGUCGUUCGCACUUUUCGGAUCCACUGGAGUGGGGAAGAGUCUGAUGGCCAACAUAAUAGCGAACCAAUUUCAGUGGCAAUCGAACGUCCAUCGAUUCUUUUGGGAUUCCACAUUUACUCCUGAGAAACGGUUUGAGCGUUUCCAGUCGUUCCUCUAUGGGAUAAGGCACGGUCGAGACGUGGAUUUACGAUGUGGUCGGAAUUUAAUCAUUGUGGAUCAUUUAGGUAGCGGAGACAUGGAUAUGAUUAACAAAAUAGAUGCCCGGUUACGAUUUGUAGCGGACAAGGACGAUGUGCAUUUUCUGGUGGUGUACGCAUUUCAAGGGUCAUUGAUAGAUGAUGAUCCGGAAGCGAUUAAGCGUCUGAACAGAAAUAUAGUACAGGUCUCCUUACGGUCGAUGGAUAAACAUGAUUUGAUGCUAUGUAUCAAACUGGAAUCAGCUGACCUUGAAGUGAAUUUGGAUGAGCGUCCUGAACUGUUGGAGGAAUUGAUUGGAAGUUUGGAUGUGGAACGUUACGGUUGUAAAGCCGUGCGAGCCAAGCUCGCGCUAUACUCUCAUUUCUCGAAAGUUGAUGAAUCAUGAUCGCCUCUUACUGUGCGUGGGAUGACUAAGACAUACAAGUGCUGUGAUUUUCUGUUUAUUUAGAAGGCAAGCUGUGUUUAACAAAAUAAUCUUUACAAGAAUAGACGAACUGAACAUAUAAUAAAGCUACAUAGAUAAUAAAUAUUACAAUAA